GAAUGCUCUCUGCUCUGUGAGUAGUCAUCAUUAUGCUGAUGUCAGUGCCCCUGUCAUCGAUGGGAUGCCAGUAAAUCUGGGCCCUCUGCAUCUCCGAGCAAAACAAGAAGCCGUACCCGCACAGCCUUCUUCGCCCGCAGAGAGAGAACAAAGAAAGGGACAACGGCGUAAAAUGGUCGAUGCCGGCGACACACCGGCUGGAGCGCCGCCGCGAGCUCACGAGGAGGAGCAGGCGGGAACGCCGGCGUAUGGUUCGGUGGUCCUCGGCGGCACCUUCGACCGCCUCCAUGACGGCCACCGCCGCCUUCUCAAGGCCUCCGCGGAUUUGGCGAGGGACCGGAUCGUGGUCGGCGUCUGCACGGGGCCUAUGCUCGCCAAGAAGGAGUAUGCGGAGCUGAUUGAGCCCGUUGACAAGCGCAUCAAGGGUGUGGAGGAUUACAUUAAGUCUAUAAAGCCAGAACUGAUAGUACAAGUGGAACCUAUUGAGGAUCCUUAUGGCCCAUCCAUCACUGAUGAAAAGUUGGAUGCCAUUAUUGUCAGUAAGGAGACAUUAAAUGGUGGACUUGCUGUAAAUAGAAAAAGAGAAGAGAAAGGGUUCCCACUGUUGAAGGUUGAGGUUGUUGAUCUCCUUUCUGGUGGUGUAGAGGGGGGAAAAUUGAGUUCUUCUGCUUUAAGGAAACUUGAGGCAGAGCAAGCUCAACAAAGUGAAACAAAAACUGCUAGCCUUGAAGUUUCUUAGGAAGGAAUAUGAAUACUUGAAUCUGGUUACCUGAAUACACAAUUACGGGGGUGAUCUGCUACAAGCUCAGUGUGAACAAAAAUGUGAUCAGAGCUGAUGGUUUGUGCCUGUCUGGAGGAAUAAUCUUUGAACACUGGCCCAUGGCCCUGUAACAGUAUCAUUCUAACCUUAUAUAUAAAAUCAACCUGGCAGCAUAGACUCCCCUACUAACCAAAUUUACAGAUUUUGUAUUGGCAAUGCCUUCUGAAUGUAAAAAGGAAAUAUCCUUGGGUUAGUAUAAAUGUCUACAAUAGUGGCAAAGCUACAAAUGAACAUGGUUCUCAUUCACAAGAGUUCGUGCAAUUAUAAUCUUGGUCCUCUUGGCACA